AAUCGACGCGACUGUGGCGCGAGACCGCGAGACCGCGAGACGGCGAGACGACGGUAGAAAUUAUUGGAGAAGAUCACGCCGACGCGCUUACAGCUAGAUCUCUGAUUCCUUUGGUUUGUCUGCGGAACCUCUUUGUUUGUUGAUGGUCAUCUAAGUUGCUCCAAGUCUAGAGUCCACUUCCAGAAGAGGAGCGAUUCGUUUCGAACUCCGCCCUGUUGCAUUGGUUUUACUGAAAGAUGGUUGAAUUCGGGAAAAAGUUGAAGGAAAGACAAAUUCAGGAAUGGCAAGGUUAUUACAUCAAUUACAAGCUAAUGAAGAAGAAGGUGAAACAAUAUUCUCAACAAAUUCAAGUUGGAGCUCAAGAUCGCCGCCAUGUUCUCAAGGAAUUCUCAAGAAUGCUUGAUAUUCAGAUUGAAAAGAUUGUUCUGUUUCUGUUGGAAGAACAAGGGAGACUUGCGAGCAGGUUGGCUAAGCUUGGAGAGCAGCAUGCUGCUCUUUUAGAGCAACCAGAGAUAUCCCAAAUAUCUGAAUUACGAGAAGCGUAUAGAACAGUUGGACAAGAUCUUUUGAAGCUUCUCUUUUUUGUUGAGAUGAAUGCUAUUGGCAUCCGUAAGAUAAUGAAGAAGUUUGAUAAACGUUUUGGAUAUAGAUUCACAGAUUACUAUGUUACAACUCGUUUUAAUCAUCCUUAUUCUCAGCUGCAGCAAGUGUUCAAGCAUGUGGGACUUGGGGCUGUUGUUGGAGCCAUAUCUCGCAAUCUUGCAGAUCUUCAGGAACGUCAAGGAAGCUAUUUAUCAAUUUAUGAUCAACCUGCAUUUCCUGUUCAGGAUUCUGUUAUUGAUUCAAUAAAAGCAGCUGUAGACAGGUUAACACAUUCAACAACCUUCCUUCAAUUUUUGGGACAGCAUGCUCUUAUCAUGCAAGAGGAUUUGCCUACUCAAGUGGAGGAGCAAGUAGAUGACCAGAGAUAUCAUUUUAUGUCACUUCUCUUGAAUCUAGCAAACACAUUCCUUUAUAUGGUUAACACAUAUAUUAUAGUCCCAACAGCAGACAACUACUCCCUCAGCCUUGGAGCUGCAGCCACAGUUUGUGGUAUUGUGAUUGGGUCAAUGGCUGUUGCUCAGGUGUUUUCUUCAGUGUAUUUCAGUGCUUGGUCAAAUAAAUCAUACUUCAGACCUCUUGUUUUUAGCAGUAUUGUUCUUUUUGUGGGAAAUAUCUUGUAUGCAUUGGCUUAUGAUCUCGACUCUCUAGCAGUUCUUCUAAUUGGUCGUCUCUUCUGUGGAUUGGGGUCUGCAAGAGCUGUUAACCGCCGUUAUAUCAGUGAUUGUGUUCCACUUAAAAUACGUAUGCAGGCUUCAGCAGGUUUUGUUAGUGCAAGUGCUCUUGGGAUGGCAUGUGGUCCUGCUCUUGCUGGAUUACUUCAAACUAGUUUUAAGAUUUUCAAUAUCACAUUUAAUGAGGAUACUUUACCUGGUUGGGUUAUGGCUCUGGCAUGGCUAAUAUAUUUACUGUGGUUGUGGAUUUCAUUUAGAGAACCUCCUUGUGAGAGUCAUGAGAACAAUGUGCCACAGCAUGCUAAUUCUGGGCAAGUUGAAGAUACAGUAGAAAAUGGCCUCACAAAGCCUUUGCUUUUACGUUCAGAAGAGAAGGAACAAGAUGAAGAUGAUGACCAAGAAUGCGAUGGUAGUGAAGAAGCUUCUGAGGAAUCACACAGACCUGCUGCUUCAAUUAAAUCUGCAUAUCGCUUGCUUACACCAUCUGUUAAGGUCCAGCUAUUGAUAUAUUUCAUGCUCAAAUAUGCAAUGGAGAUUUUACUUUCUGAAUCUAGUGUCAUUACAUCAUACUACUUUAGUUGGUCAACUAGCUCAGUGGCAAUUUUUCUUGCAUGCCUUGGUCUAACAGUUCUUCCAGUAAAUAUUGUUGUUGGCAACUAUAUCAGCAACAUGUUUGAAGACAGGCAAAUUUUGCUGGCAUCUGAAAUUAUAGUGUGCAUAGGAAUACUGCUAAGCUUCCAUAUAAUAAUUCCAUAUUCUGUGCCCCAAUAUGUCUGCUCGGCACUCAUCACAUUUGUAGCUGCUGAAGUUCUUGAAGGUAAAUAUAUAAUCAUUUAUUUAUUUCACAAAGUAAGGGCGAAGUUGAAUUUUGAUGGGAGCUCAUUGGGUAAACCGGGACCCUCUAGAGUUAGGGGAGCAUUCAGAGAUGGGGAGGGUAGACUGGUUGCACUAUAUUCUGGUCCAAUGGGCGUGGGUGACUCACUACGAGCUGAGGUUAUGCCCUUGCUUCAAGGCUUGAGGUUGGAUAAGCAGUGGGGAUUCCACAAUUUUGAGGUGGAAGGAGACUCCAAGUUACCAGUAGGAUGGCUGCAGAUGAAAAGUUUGGGGGUUUGGGCUUAUAGACAGAAAAUGAGGGAAAUUUCUUGCCUGACAGAAAAAGUUUGGGGCACUCUUUACAUGGACCAG